CAUCAAACACAUUUCAAAAUUACCCUGUCCAAAAUAACAUAACAGCAAUAAUGGCUUCAGUAGCUGGAAACAAGCUGAUGUUGAUGGCGGUGUUGCUGAUGGGGAUCUAUGCAUAUGGAGCAUUCUCCGCAAGACCCUCGGUGCAUCCUGUUAGCAGCAUGAAUGAAAGGUUUGAAGCAUGGAUCGCGCAGUAUGGACGAGUUUACGAGGAUGCAGGAGAGAAGGCCAGGCGCUUCAGAAUCUUCAAAAAGAAUGUUGCCUUCAUCAAUCACUUCAACAAGUUUGGAAACAAGACUUAUAAUCUAGCCGUCAAUCAGUAUGCUGAUUUGACAAACAAGGAGUUCAGGGCUGCUAAAACUGGAUAUAAGAAACCUGCCAAUCUCAUCAACUCUGGCACAUCAUCAUUCAGAUACGAAAAUGUGACUUCAGCGCCAGACACCAUGGAUUGGCGAACCAAAGGAGCUGUGAAUCCCAUCAAAGAUCAAGGCCAAUGUGGAAGCUGUUGGGCAUUCUCUGCUGUGGCAGCGGUGGAAGGAAUCACAAAGAUCUCAACUGGGAAGCUGAUCUCUCUUUCAGAGCAAGAAUUGGUUGAUUGUGACAGAACCACCAAUGACCAAGGCUGCAAUGGAGGACUCAUGGAUGAUGCUUUUAAAUUUGUCAAAACCAAGGGACUGACAACCGAAUCCAAGUACCCUUACUCAGCAGCAGAUGGAACUUGCAGCACAGUCAAGACAAACUCUCCUGCUGCCAAGAUCAGUGGAUAUGAAGAUGUUCCCGCGAAUAACGAGCAGGCAUUGCUAAAGGCCGCAGCAAACCAACCUAUCGCGGUGGCCAUUGAUGCUAGUGGCUCUGCCUUCCAGUUCUACUCCAGCGGAGUGUUCACUGGAGACUGUGGAACAGAUUUGGAUCAUGGUGUGGCUGUGGUAGGGUAUGGUACGAGUGACGAUGGUACAAAGUACUGGCUGGUGAGGAAUUCAUGGGGGACAAGCUGGGGAGAUCAAGGAUACAUCAAGAUGCAGCGUGACGUUGGUGCAAAAGAAGGCCUCUGCGGCAUUGCUAUGUCAGCUUCCUAUCCUACCGCAUAAAAAUAGUAGCCACGAGCUAGCUGAGAAAUCUCCAUCACUGUUAAGAAAUAUAUGUGCUAUAUAUGUGGAUUGUUACUUGUGAUCCUAUUUAACUCGCUAAGCAUUUGUGCUAGUGGUAACCUAUUUGUAUGCAACUGCAUUGUAUCCUGAGUUUAAAAUAAGAAUUCUCUUCAAAGUUUAAGAUAAGAUCAUGGCAUUAGUUAGAACUUAUGUGAUGAAUUUCUAUGGAAAUGCAUUCAUCUCCAUGGCAAUGCUGCAACCAUGGAAACAAAGAAACAUCACGAUAUAUGAUAUCUCCACUUAUAUGCUAGUACUUUUCAGGUCGAAAUGAAACUCCAUGGAAAGCAUGCUGCAUGAAAUGCAACUCUUUAGAAUGCUUCUUAAGCAACGAGGAAUAAAUUCAUAUACAUGGAAAAUGGACUGUAAUCACUCGAUGAACCAAAUUUUUUUUUUUUUUUAUGAAUGAUGUGGGAUUUCAUUGCUGACGCAUAUAAUAUGUGUCAAUAGAAUCAAUGUUGAUACAAAAAAAGUGAUAACAAAAGAGUUAUAAAGCAUUUAAACAUGGGAAGCUAAGAGCAUCAUUGUAGUUGAUAUUACGGGACAUCAAGGAUCAGCCUCCUAACAUGAGAGAACAAGAAUUUGGAAUAGGACAAGUAAUUUUCAGGGUGGUUAAAAUGUAAAACCAAAUGUGUAGCGCUAAUGUAGUAGAAAGAAGGAGCAUCUUCAACCUCUUUUAACACCAUCGAUGGCUGGAGAAGAAGGACAAAGACAAGUGGUUGUCCCACCUAUUCUUUAUGAGUACUCAAAAGCCAAGACCAUCCAACAUCACCUCAAGUAUUGUUGCACCACCAUUCCACCAACAACUAUAGAGAUCUGAACCCAACUCAUCCAGAUGGUGCAACAAGCAGCGAUAUUAGGAGGAACGAAUAAUGAUGAUUCGGUGCAACACUUGAAGACAUUCUUAGAGAUCAUCGACCUGGCACCUUCACCACAUGUGAGGCUCUUGCACAAGCAUUCAUCGAGGAGUACUUUCCACCAUGGAAGACGGAGGAGUUUAAAGACGAGAUUACUCGAUUUCAAAAGAAGGAAGGAGAGACUUUCUACGAUGCGUGGAGGACAUUCCAGGAGUAUAUCAAGACAUACCCCCAUCACGUAUUCACGUCGUAAUAAAUUGCAAAGUACUUCCCUAAAGGCCUCAAUGAAGAUACCACAAUGAUGGUCACCCAGUCAGCCGAUGGAGAUUUCACAACAAUGACCAGAGUGCAAUGUCUUAAACCUUGAAAAAGCAAACAAAAAAUUACACUGAAUAUUUUUUUAUCCAAUUUCCGGUCGCCCAUCAUCAAAAUCCGGUCAUUGAUUAUUUCAAAAAAGAUAUUGUGAUGUUUGAUAAUGAACAUAAUUAUUUGUU